AUAAAUAUUACUCAGUAAAAUAUAUAUACUAAAAUGCAAUGAUAAAAACAAAAUUAUUAUGUAACGGUUCUGUUGGGUAAUAAUAUCCCGGCCUACUACUAUUCUGAGGCCCGAGGCAUCAUCCCGAUAAGGAGCCCAGUCAGCUUGGCCCAUUAAGGCCUUUUUCGGCCCAUUAGCAUCAAAGGGUCUCCAUUCCCUUCUAUAAAUAGGAAGCUUGGCUUCAUUAUUUGAGGAUCGGCUUUUGGGCUCUCCCUCCUCCUUUACUGUUUCUUCUUCCUCUUUGUAGAUAGCUCACAAAGCUUCAUUAAUGGAGUCUGAAGAUAUGUACUUUGUAAAUGAGUGAUGGGAGCAUAUUAAAUGAGAAAGAGCGGGCUUGGACGUUAGCCUAAAAAGUCCCGUGGUUUUCUCCCUUUCCGGGUUUCCACGUAAAAAUAGCUAGUUCAUACACCUUUUACAUUUUUAUUCACUUUUAUACCGAAUCCAUCGUCCUUAAUAUCCGAAGUUUAUGUUGGGCUUUCGGAUCUACGGGACAAAACCUCAACAUUGGCGCCGUCUGUGGGAAACGCUUCAAAAAGAUUUAAUGUGUUCUGCAAAUUUUUUUUUUAUAUAUACUAGAACUUACUGAUUUAAGCAAAAAGGGAGGAAAAAUGAUUCUGGGAAAUUUUGGGUCUUAGCAAGGAAGAAAAGGAGGGAAAAAUGAUUCCCAGAAAGAAGGAAAAAAGAGGGGAAUAAGUCCAGGUCCAGUCUGGCAGCUUGAUCCUUGUCCCUGCAGCCCCACCAACUCAGCAGAACUUCUGGAUGGGGACUGGAUAACAGCGGUAGAUCAAACAAAGGGUGCAAGCUACUGUCAUGGAAAAACAUAAGGGAGGUGACUAUGGGAACUUCCAGAUGCAACAGGGGAAGAUGACGAGUGGGACCCCGCCGGCCCACUGACUUGAUGACAAAGAAAGACAGUUUUGCUUUCACGAGGAAAGCCUGACAACGCAAUAAUGAUUAUCUGACAGAUUCAUCAUUAUCCGAUAAGCCAGCGCCGCCUCCUGAACGGAAGCUCCUCGAACGUCCAUCGUUAGCAUCCGAAGGACUUGCAGAAGAGGUCACACACAUCUAAUAAAGAAAGGAAACCAUGUUCAGUAUAGUAAUGCCCGAACGAGAAUUUCCUGGCCGAACAUGCCCUGUAUCCCAAAAUUAUGAAUCAACAUCGGCUAACGGUCUUGACGACCACAUGCCUUGCCCGAACGACCUGGGUAUCAUCAGCAUCAUCACAACCCGGCUCCUAGGCCUGGAACCCAUUCGGCCCAUGUUCAUUACUCAACGAAAGCUAGCCGGAUCCCGAACGAGAACUCCCGGAGGACCUGCAGAAGAGGCCGCACGUCGACAACACCUUACGGAGCAGCGUUCCGCGCCGACCGGCACUCAGAAAUAGGGGAUGGGUUUCUAAUCAACAAUCGCAGUGCGACCAGAAGUUGGCCUCCCAAAAAAUGUUCCUGUAAAAGGGGAGGAGGCACUAUGCAAUUGAGAUGAAUACACCAGACCAGCAGUUUGGUUCAUCCUCCGAACGGCAAUACCUCCCGAACAGGUAAAAGUAGACAACCCAUGCCAGAGUAGACCACCUGCUCGACACCCCGUCCGGCAUCGUAUUUUCUGGCCGGCAUCCCCGAUCGGCCAGCCGCUCAGUGGUGGACCAUCAACGAACACCCAGAACAUCAACUAGUUGCUCGGGCUACCCGUUCGGCUAAACCUACGCAGGAGGAAUCCCUACUCCAUUCUUGCUAUAAGGUCCGGCUAUUGGGACGGGGUUUCUGCUCAACCCUUUAACAUUUUCUGGGCUAGUGGCCGGUGGGCUUAAGUGGCCAGAGCAAAUCAAAAGGGAAUACCUUCACUGGACGGGAAACUCUUGAAACCAGAACGCCCCCACAAACCGCCCGGCUCACCGAACGGCAUCCUCCCCAUGCACCAAAAUUCAGAGCUUCUUGCCGUUCGGGACAUUCUGCCAUUCUAACAAAUUGCGGCGGACUGUUCAAACAAUAGAAGAUCAACCCACCUGUCCGCCAAAUACCCGAUCGGCACCUCCACUAUACCAUUACAGUUAUACAAGGAAGAACGAGAAGUACCGAACGUUUUCUCAAAAGCACCGAUCGACCCAAACCUGUGAACUGGGCACUAACCUGGGGUCCAUUUACAAGCAACUUGGGCCAGAUGAAGACCCGUUAGCUCUCUUGCUCAUAGAGUCUGCUUUUUGCUCUUGAAAUGGACUGUUACACGAACUGCUUGGCCGGAUCACCCAUAGCCAAAUCAAUUCUAAACUUGGCCAAUAACUUGGUCUGGCAGCUGAAGAUCAGCCUAUCCAGCUAAGUACCACGAUUUUUUCACUUAAUUUCCAACAGUAUCGUCUGGGAACAUUUGUUUUCACCAUUAUUUAGAGGAACUAAAAGUCUCGAAGCUAAAAUAAUGUCGAGCGAAGCUCGAGAGAGAAUUUCAUUAUCAUUUAAAAUUAAAUGAUUUGGUUUAAUGGGCCGACCGGCCAACCCGCGAUCGGCUAAAUAUAAGCGAUCGGAGUGCCCCAAAUGGUAGUACUUUGACAACACACCAAGUACUCAUGCAUGAGAGUAUUCAUUGGUUGAUUAAAUAGUAUUCUUACUAUUAAUUGCAACACCAUUAUUUUAGUAGGGAUUAAAAUUCCCGAAUAGAAUAAGGCCGAACGGAGCUUUAUAAAUAAGAUCACCAACGUUUUAAAUAAAUGUUUGGUUUAAAUGGCUGAUCGGUCCACUCCCGGUCGGCCUAAAUGAAUUAACUAAAGCGUCUCGCAAGGGCGUGGCUCAAUGACGUAGUUUAAAAUUAGAUACCAUGAGCGGUUCCACUCGGUAUUAAAUGCCCGAACGACAACUAUACCCACUACGGGGCGAAAUACGUACUUUAAUUAGCUGAAAGCUUUCCUGAGAACGCCCGGGAAACCACUAGGUGGUUCUGAGAGCGUAUGGGCAGUUCAAAAGAUAAAUCUAGGCCAAGGGUUAUCAUUACCGCUUCGGCCGAUAGUCAUGGAUGAAAAAUAAAGAAUAAAAAAGAAAUGUUACACAUGUGUGUAUAUACUUGUAUAUGUUGUUCGGCCGUACGGCCGCAUUACCAUGCUUAUUGUGCAGUAAAAUUUGUUCGAUAUGCUCGAACGGGGAAUCAUGAAGCACAAAGAUAUUUAUGAUGCUCGGCAUGAAACACAGAGACAUUCAUGACCGGCAGAAAAGAAUCACAUUCAUAGGCGUUCGGUCAGCCCGAACGGGGAAGUCAUGAAGCAGAGAGAUGUUUAUGACGUUCAGCAUGAAGCGCAAAGACGUUCAUGAUUGGCAACAAAAAGAAGGAAUAUUUACAUUUAGAGCCGUUCGACCAGCUCGGACGGGGAGGUUUACAAAAAAAAAAAAAAAAAAAAAAGAGAAAGAAAAAAAAAAAAAAAAAAAAAAAAGAAGAGAAAAAAAAAAAAAAAAAAAAAAAAAACAGAGUGAGGUUACUAGUGUGUAGAAGGAAUCAUGAACGAUUGAGAAAAGAAGGGACUACAAAUGUGUAGAUGUCACAACACAUGAAGAGAAGUCAUAUGGACUGUACGAUACACGAGCAUUCAGAUUACGCUACCUGACUGGCAAUCCGGCCUCCGCCGUUCGGCACCUAGAGCAACAUUAUGGCUCGGCACUGACUGUCCUUUCACCACGGCCUCGGAUUUACAGAUCGGCCUCCCAGCGCUGACUGUCCUUUCACCACGACCGACCGAUCUUCCUGGCUCGGCGUGAUGAUCAUUUGAAGACCGGCCUUGUCCCCGCACUGCGCAGAUAAGGACCGUUGCUAGUUCCUUUCCGAUCAGCCCCCAGUGGCGACCUCAUUACAUGCCCACCGACCCUCUGGUAUGGUGCCAUUAUCAUAUUUGAAGACCGGCCUCGUCCCCGCACUGCGUGGAUAAGGACCGUUGCUUGACCUUCGGGUUGGCUUCUCAUUGCCGACAUCAGCAUAUCACGAUCGGCCUGUCGGCACGACAUGUUUAUCCUCUUUGAAGAUCGGCCUCGUCCCCGCACUGCGCGGAUAAGGACCGUUGCUUGACUUUCAGCAUGGCUACAUUUUGUGGACCGCUGCCGCAGUUGCUGCCGUUGUCCUUGAGCAGAGGGCGCUCGCAAGACCCUUGGAUUUAUUCAUGUUUCUCAUAUCAUGAUCAGCCCCACAUCACGACAUUACUUGCUUAGGAGGCAUCUUCACAUUCCAUAAAGUCUCACCUCGAUCGAUAGAUACCACUUGUCUCGAUCCAUGGGGAGCCACCAUCUCAGCACAAAAAAAAAAAAAAAAAAGAUGCAGGUUAACCAAGCCCGGACUCAGCUUGGGAGAUGGUGUAAAAGAUCUUGAGUAGGACGAACCGGGCGGCAUCCGAAGUCAUAGGGUGACCGAGCGGGGGAUCGGGACUCUGGUCUUAAAAUCUUGCCUUGGCUAUGCAGCUCGCCCGAACCACGAUGUAGUGAUUUAUUAUGGUGGAACCCGAGCUGUAACCUGAAGGCGAGUCUCCAUUUUGGCAGAGAAUAAGGGGGAGACCCGGCUUGGGAGCCUUAUUCUCAAUGGUCCAGGAUGGACAUCUCAACCUCAUGAUAUGGAUGACCCCGGACGGUAAAACCGACGGUAUGCAUCGGAAUUAUGGGCUUGGAAGAUGGCAGACACUACACAAAUUGUGAAACUGUCUUGCAGCAAGAGGUGAUUGCCUUGCGGAUCAGGAAGAACACGGAUGAUAACACGAACAAGUUACAUCAGCCUUGGGCCUACAAGGCAGCAGGCAGCAAGAGGUGAUGCCUUGCGGAUCAGGAAACUACGAACAAAUAUCGGAAAUAAGCCGAACAGCUUGCACCUUAACCCUGGUGCUGACUUAUAGCAGAAAUGACCUAUUAUCCAGAUGAUCUGACCGCUUCUGUAGCUCUACGAUCAGCCACCUCGGCACGACGUGAUCAUCAUUGUACAUCAGACCGUUCUAGUGGGACGAACGGGCGAAUGGAACUAUUGUUUGGAAUAACCAGGGGAGAACGACCCGUUCGGCGAAGGCGGGCGAACGGGGGAUAUAAAUUGGCUGGGAGGUGAUGUGAAUUCAUGAUGGCCCGCAGUGGUCUCAAAUCAAGUCCAGGUCUGUCUGAGUCGAGUCAAGUCCAUGUCUGUCUGAGUCAAGUCCAGGUCUGUCUGAGUCGAGUCAAGUCCAUGUCUGUCCGAGUCAGGUUGGUCCAUCCUUAAUCUAGGAUGACGAUCGCCUAUUUUAUGCAGCACGUACGGGCUCCACAGCACCGUCGUGCCUGACUUUCUGGCGGGCUCGUCCAUCCUUACUAUAGGAUGGCAACCGUCGCUCUUAUGCAGCACGUACGGGCUCCACAGCACCGUCGUGCCUGGCUUUCUGGCGGGCUCGUCCAUCCUUGCUAUAGGAUGGCAACCGUCGCUCUUAUGCAGCACGUACGGGCUCCACAGCACCGUCGUGCAUGGUUUUCUGACGGGCUCGUCUAUCCUUGCUCUGGGAUGGCGAUCGUCGCUUUUAUGCAGCACGAACGGCUGGCUCUACAGCGCCGUCGUGCCUUCUUCUCGGUCGGGUCCACCCAUGCCAUUCAGGGUCGGGACUGCCGUCUUAUGCAGCACGAGCGGUUGGCUCUUUAGCGCCGUCGUGCGUAGUGCGGGAUUGCACUUCACUUAUGGCUUAUGCAUGCCUUUCCGAAAUUAUUCGAAGACUCUGAUUCAAGGAAGGCAGGGAAGGACGUGAGCAGGAUUAUACUUUCUCGAGUAGAUUCACAGGCUCACUACUCAAGAAACUGGGGGACUUGUGUUGGGUAAUAAUAUCCCGGCCUACUACUAUUCUGAGGCCCGAGGCAUCAUCCCGAUAAGGAGCCCAGUCAGCUUGGCCCAUUAAGGCCUUUUUUCGGCCCAUUAGCAUCAAAGGGUCUCCAUUCCCUUCUAUAAAUAGGAAGCUUGGCUUCAUUAUUUGAGGAUCGGCUUUUGGGCUCUCCCUCCUCCUUUACUGUUUCUUCUUCCUCUUUGUAGAUAGCUCACAAAGCUUCAUUAAUGGAGUCUGAAGAUAUGUACUUUGUAAAUGAGUGAUGGGAGCAUAUUAAAUGAGAAAGAGCGGGCUUGGACGUUAGCCUAAAAAGUCCCGUGGUUUUCUCCCUUUCCGGGUUUCCACGUAAAAAUAGCUAGUUCAUACACCUUUUACAUUUUUAUUCACUUUUAUACCGAAUCCAUCGUCCUUAAUAUCCGAAGUUUAUGUUGGGCUUUCGGAUCUACGGGACAAAACCUCAACAGGUUCUUUAACGGUUCCGCGUAUUUUUUUGGCAUCGAGAACCGAACUUUUAAUGAAAAAUAAGAACCAAAUUUUAAUAAAUACAGAGUAAGAAUGUUUUUACUUGGACUGUUAAAGCCCCAGAACAGAUCAGACCAGAUUUAACCAGAGCAGAUCGGACCAGGCUUAAACAGACUAGACCGGAUAAGACUAGAUCAGACUUCCCAAUAAAACAUCCUAACUACUCUGUAAUUACUUUAGGAAUCGACCCGCAUGGUAUCAUACUGACUCGGUCCGGUUCGAUUUGUUGAUUUUUAGGGCCCCUUUUGUUGGGUUUCAGGCAGAAAACGCAGCGGAAUAAACAAAAAUUUUACUACCCAAAAGUAAACGAACGGAUCUGAGGUUCUUAGUAUAAACGAAAUUACAAGAAUUUAAGAGGGACUUACAUAGCAAUCUUAAUCAAGGAUGUCAGACAGUCCGAGAAAACGAUCCCGAGCUCUACCGGUA